GACUUGGUCUUGAUAGAACCUCCUUCACCGCCUAUUGCUAAUGUAUUUUAAAAUUCAAUAGUGUAAUUUUUAAUUAAAAAAAAAAUUAUAUUUCUCUUACUUCAAAGCCCCAAAUAUUUUUUUUUUAUUAAAAUAUUUUUAAAAACAUGUCAGUCCCUUUAAUAACAUUGAAUAAUGGAAUAAAAGCACCAGUUCUUGGACUUGGUACCUGGCAGGGUGUUAAUAAUCCAUCGGAAGUUGAAAAUGCAAUUCGACAUGCAAUUAAUAUUGGUUAUCGGCAUUUUGAUUGCGCCGCUGUUUAUGGGAAUGAAAGAGAAAUUGGUAAAGUAGUACGAGAAAAAAUUGCAGAUGGCACUGUAAAGCGGGAAGAUUUAUUUAUCGUUACCAAAGUUUGGAAUGAUGAUCAUAAAGAGCAACAAGUUGUAGAAGCUUGCAAGAGUUCUUUAAAAAAAUUUGGACUAGAUUAUAUCGAUCUCUAUCUAAUUCACUGGCCAAUGUGUGAUUCGAAUGACGUCGAUUACAUUGAAACAUGGCGUGGAAUGGAAAAAUGUAUUGAAUUAAAUUUAACAAAAAGCAUUGGUUUAAGUAAUUUUAAUUCAAUGCAAAUAACAAGAAUUUUGUCAUAUGCAAAAAUUAUGCCAACAAUAAAUCAAAUUGAAUGUCAUGUGAAUUUAAUACAAAAAAAAUUACGUCAAUUUUGUAGUGAAAAAAAUAUUGCAAUUAUUGCAUAUAGUCCAUUUGGUGCGCCAAAUACACCAGGUUCAACGACUGGUUUUAAAUCAUUGGAAAAAUUAAAUUUAGAUGUAAAAAUUAUUUUUGAAUUGGCCAAAAAAUAUAAUAAAACAAAAUUUCAAAUUGCCCUUCGAUAUUUGAUUGAUAUUGGUACAAUCGCAAUUCCAAAAUCAAGUUCCGAAAAAAAUCUCCAGGCAAAUUUUGAUAUUUUUGAUUUUAAAUUGACGUCUGAAGAAAUUGAGGAAAUUGAUAAACUUGAUUGUGGAAAACGAACUUGCCCUGGAGUUCAAUACAAAGGAUUUAAAUAUUAUCCAUUUGACGAUGAAUUUUAAGGCCUAUAUCAAAAUUUGAGGAAAAUUCCAAACAUUUAAAUUUACACUUUACAAAAAUUGAAAUUAAAAAAAAAAUCGUCACAUAUUUUCUUCUAUUUUUAUAAUUUUUUCUCAAGGAUAAUAAAUAAUUUAAUUUAAAAAAAAA